UCCCGCCUUUUUUAAACAAAACCCUAGUUCCCAGAUCUUCAAUUUCGUCUCCCAAUUCACUGAUUUCCUUCAAAUUAGGGUUUUUUUUAUCGGAAUUUGGGGCUGAGAUGGUGGAGGUUUCGUCCUCCGGCGCUAGAUCGCAGCUUCACCGUCUGUGGGUCGUCUCAUCCCACAAUGCCUUGUUGAUAUCGCUAUGGAUUGUUGGACUCGUGUCUGUGUUCUUGUGGCAGAGGAGAUCGCCUGAAGGUUUUGGGUUUUUCCGCUGGACAGCUUCUCCAACGGUGGUGGAGUGGGCGGAGGUUGAUCUGAGGGAGUUUGGUGCUGUGGGUGAUGGUGUGACAGUGAAUACGGUGGCGUUUGAGAACGCUGUGAUGGAAAUCGCUAGGAAAGGUGGUGGGAAACUUACGGUGCCGCGCGGGAAGUGGCUCACGGGGCCGUUCAAUCUUACUAGCAAUAUGAUCUUCUUCUUAGAUGAGGGUGCGGAGAUUCUCGCUAUUGAGGAUGAGACACACUGGCCAUUGAUGCCUCCCUUACCGUCUUAUGGAUAUGGGAGGGAGCAUAGAGGACCACGGUAUGGUAGUUUGAUUCAUGGUCAGAAUCUUAAGAAUGUCAUCAUAACAGGAAACAAUGGUACCAUAAACGGACAGGGUAAAUCAUGGUGGGCGAGAUAUCGUCAGAAACUCCUUAAUUACACAAGAGGACCACUCGUACAGCUUUUGUGGUCCAGAGAUAUUAUCAUUUCUAACAUAACUCUUCGUGAUUCUCCUUUCUGGACGCUUCAUCCCUAUGAUUGCAAGAAUGUGACCAUCUCAAACAUGACCAUAUUGGCUCCUGUUCUCGGAGCUCCUAAUACUGAUGGAAUAGAUCCUGAUUCCUGUGAGGAUAUGGUGAUAGAAAAUUGUUUCAUAUGUGUCGGUGAUGAUGGAAUAGCUAUUAAAAGUGGUUGGGAUCAAUAUGGAAUUGCUUAUGGACGGCCAUCUACCAAUAUUGUUAUCCGCAAUGUUACUCUUCGGUCUGUGGUGAGUGCUGGAGUAUCAAUAGGAAGCGAAAUGUCAGGUGGUGUAUCAAACGUCACAUUGGAAAACCUUCAUGUUUGGGACUCACGGCGAGCAGUCAGGAUUAAGACUGCCCCAGGAAGAGGCGGCUACGUCCGUGACAUCUCCUGCCACAACAUGUCCCUCACCAGAGUCCGCAUUGGUAUUGUCAUAAAAACCGAUUACAACGAGCACGCUGAUACUGCCUUUGACCCAAAAGCUUUUCCUGUUAUUGAGAACGUAUCAUUCAUUGGUGUAUAUGGAGAGGAUGUCAGAGUCCCAGUUAGACUCCAUGGCAGCGACAAAAUCCCAGUAAAAGGUAUCAGCUUCCGUGACAUGUCUGUUGGUGUUACCCGUAAAAGACAACACACUUUCCAGUGUUCAUUUGUCGAAGGGCGGGUUAUCGGCCCCAUCUCUCCGCCUCCAUGUGAAAACCUUGACAUCUACGACGAACAAGAGAGGCUAGUGAAGCGAUCAAUCUCGCAGAACAGCACUGACAUUGACUAUGACUUAUAAUGGGCAUCCAAGCAUUCUUCUUUGGUGUUAAUCUGUGAAGAGAUUUGACUUGCAAGCAGGAAUAUAUCAUCUUGUUCCAAUGAUGUCUAUAUUUUUCUGCUUUUCUUCAGGCUUGUACAUACACGAGCACAUUCAAGUGUUUAUAUAUCAUUGGAGUUUUCCAGGAGCAUGUCACGUUUGUUUUCCUCUGAAAAGCAAGCAAAUGUCACUCUAUUAGCAUCAAUGUCUCAGAUUCAAACCAGAGAAAUGUCAAAUUAUAAAAUGUUUAUUAUGUUUGUGGAGAAACAUCAAAAAUUGCUCUUCCAGAGAUUGGAUUUUA